AUGUCCGGAUCUAAUAAAUCUAAUGGCAGUCCCAGUACUAAAUCAGACGGUGCCACUAAAUCAUCAGCCGGUGCCACCAAAUCAACUUCGAGUUCAGAUAGUAAUGAUUCAAAGACAAUGAAUAUGCCGGCAGAACAUGUGGACCUUCUGAGUAAGAAGGGCCUCAAAGUGGGUCAGGUGCUCAACAGUGGCAGUUUCUCAAAGGUGUGUCGGGCCACUAUGGGCACAAAGCCGGUCGCCGUUAAGAUCAUUGAUAUGAAACAGUCGUCGCAAGACUAUCAGAAGCGAUUCCUACCGCGAGAGUUGUAUACAAUGACAAAACUAAAGCACCCGAAUAUUAUCGGAAUCCAUGACAUCUCCACAAUCGGUGACAGAAUCUACAUAUUCAUGGAUUUGGCGGACGGCGGAGACAUACUGGACCUCAUCAAGAAGGACGGGGCCAUCCCUGAGCCCAGAGCCAAACCGCUGUAUAAAGGGGUGUCCGAAGCCAUCAAAUACAUCCACACGAAGGGCUUCGCGCACCGGGACAUCAAGAGUGAGAACAUUCUGCUGAAUAAAGACAGAACUAUUGCCAAAAUCGGUGACUUUGGCUUUUCGCGCACCUGUUUCGACAACACCACCGGACAGAGAGUCCUGAGUAAGACCUACUGCGGCAGCGCUGCCUACGCGGCUCCAGAGAUACUCAAAGUGGAACCGUAUAACCCGAUGAUCAGUGAUGUCUGGUCGAUGGGAGUGGUGCUAUAUGUGUUGGUCAACAACAGACUGCCAUUCGUUGCCGUUAACGACAAUUUGAAAGAUCUGUUGAAACACCAGUUGGAAAAGAGCAUCAAUUUUGACCGCAAAUCCCUGACCCCUGAGUGCAAAGAGCUCAUCCAAAAGCAACUCGAGCCCAACGUUAAACAGCGCUAUACUAUGGUCCAAGUAUAUAUCGUCGGAGUUCUGUAUCUCUCGUACCCCACGACCAUUGACUUAAGGAUAGGUCGAUCACUAAACGUUCAUUUGCCGGGAAUCACCAUUUGUACCGAGAUUUCGACCACAAUAUUGGCUGAAAAGAUUGUCGAGAUUCAGCCCUCGCUCUUCCAUAUACUUCAUGGCAAAACUCAAAGACAAGUCUCAUUUCUAUUAAGAAAGAAAGCAUUUCGUGAGUUACUUAAGGAACCAUUGAGAGGACUACCCAUUCAUAUGCAACAUAAAUACACUAUAAGUGCCGCAAAAUUCUUCGAUAAAUGUGAAGUACCGACGCCUAUAGGCUAUCUGAAUGAAUUGCAUCAGUUUUCUGAUGGCAAUAAUGUUCAGCAAAUAAAUCCAAAUAACGAUCAGUUCAUUGGAGUGAGUUUUACGCGCCAAACGACCACUUUAUUACCGCCUCCUUAUGCGACCAAAUGCAAGAAUUAUAGUCAAGAAGGCUUCACAUCCAGAGACCACUGUCUGUCCGAUUGCAAAGUGAAUGCCUAUACGAUGGCUGAUGGCUGGCCGGGAGACAUAUUCGCUACAAAAAACAUCACUUAUUCCUUCUCCAAGCUAUGGAUGAACGAGAAGAGUCCCGCCGGACAUCUCGAAGAAGGCCUCUCUUUGGAUGAGUUGUGUCGACAAAAGUGUGGAGAAUUCGAGGACUGCAUGAAUGUCUUCUAUGAAGUCAAACAAUUACGUGCAGAAGAGAGGGAUGAAGAGGACUAUGAGAACAACAAUUGGUUCACAAUCGGAAUAAUGCCCCCAAAGUCAGUGGACAUGACUUUAGUCCAUUUGCCUAAAUAUGAGCCAGUUGAAUUGGCGAUAUACGUCGGCGGACUAAUCAGUCUCUACUUAGGAGUGAGUGUUGUCUCAGUAAUCGUUGCAUUGUUUGCAUUCAUAACAUUCACAUCCAAGAAGAGUCCCACCGCUAAGAAAAGCUCUUCAAAACAAAGUAUUGAAAUGAAAUCAUUGAAUCAGAGCACCAGGAGUUUGGAUAUUGAAAAUAAUAACAGAUUAAUGCAAUCAAAUGCUCGACAACCACCUGAACCCCGAGCAAGACUUCCAGGACUUCUACACUUCAUGUUUGAAUCUUAAUUUAUAAAUUAUUUGACUAUUUUUAUAUUUGACUAAUAUAUUGACC